AUGCUAUACGAACUAUGUACAGGGAAGUGGUCGUUGUUAAUAUUGUUACUAUUGUUUUGCGUGAAUCGCGGUGUUAUUAUAAUUCAUAGUACACAGAUAGGCAGCUCGAGGCAGACAAUCACAAAAUUGACGUUAAAAUUGAGUAUUUAUAUCUUGGCAUUAGUCGGAUUCUUCACCCUGCUGCCUUUAAAUAACAACGUCACUUUCACCAAAUACAGUGUCACACCACAAAGACCUUUGAUAGGGCCGUUAGCUUUAAAUGAAAAGCUAUCAGGAGUAUCAAAACUUUUUGAAGGUCAAAUUGUUGGACCGGAAGGUCUGUUGUAUCAUAAUAAUACUUUAUAUACAACAUUGCAUUAUGGUCAUGUAGUUAAAAUUGUUGAUAAUGAAAUAGUUCCUGUUGUGAAAUUUGGAAAAGUCUGUGAUGGAUUAUACGAAGAACAUAUCUGUGGACGUCCACUUGGCUUAAAUGUGGAUAAAAAAGGAUUUUUAUAUGUAGCUGAUGCAUAUUAUGGUAUUUUUAAAGUGAAUUUAAAUCCAGAUCAGUAUGGCAAAAAAGAGCAGUUAGUUUCAUUGGAUGAAGUUAUUGAUGGUAUACGUCCUAAAUUACCAAAUUCAGUAGUAAUAGCUUCUGAUGAUACUAUGUAUUGGACAGACUCUGAUACAAACUAUAAAUUACAUGAUGGAAUUUAUACAUUAUUUGUUGAUGGAACUGGAAGACUAUUGAAAUAUGAUCCAAAAACCAAAAGAAAUACAGUGUUAAUCAAAAAUCUUCAAUUUGCUAAUGGCGUGGAAUUAUCAGAUGAUGAAUCAUUCGUUUUGGUGGCCGAAACUGAAAAAUAUCGUAUACAUAAGUAUUAUUUGAAAGGACCCAAAGCUGGAAAAAGUGAAAUAUUUAUUGAUGGUUUACCUGGAAUGCCAGAUAAUAUUAAAAAGAAUGGUAAAGGGUCGUUUUAUAUUCCAUUAGUCUUUCCAAGAAUUCCAAUAUUUGAUAAUAUCGGUGAAUAUCCAACUAUUAGAAUGAUGAUUACCAAAUCAUUAGGAUUAAUUGAAUUUACAUUACAAAAGAUCAAUUCAUUAUAUACCAAUUUAUAUUGCAAAAAAGCUGUUCAUUGGAUUGGACAUUUUGAAUCUCUAUCAUUCAUCAAAUCAAUUUCCAAACAACGGCUCACUAUUUUAAAAAUUAAUGAAAAAGGCAAAAUAUUAUCAAGUUACCAUUCUACCGAUGGAAAGGUUACUGGAAUAUGUGAUGUUGAAGUGGUUGAUGAUAAAUUAUAUCUGGGCUCACCAUUCAACACCUUUUUGGGAAUUAUUAAAUUGCCACAAGGAUUUUUAUAAGUUAUAACUGUUUUUAUUUUGCAUAGUAAGACUCAAUGACUUUUAAACUCAAUUAUUAAAUUGAAUUUGUGCAAAUUUUAUUUUAUAAGCUCAGUUUGUACUGCCAUAAAAAUAAUUAUACACUGA